UAUUUGUUCAAGACCCACAUGUGCCCAGAAUGUAAGCGCUGCUUCAAGAAGCGGACCCACUUGGUAGAACAUCUUCACCUCCACUUCCCAGACCCCAGGCUGCAGUGCCCAAAUUGUCAGAAAUUCUUCACUAGCAAGAGCAAACUGAAGAUCCACAUGAUGCGUGAAACCGGAGAGAAAACCCAUUGCUGUCCAUUGUGCCACUACAGCUCAGUUGAGAAGAAUGCCCUCAACAGGCACAUGGCCAGCAUGCACGAGGGCAUCUCCAAUUUCUAUUCAGACGUAUACUCUUGUCCUGUGUGCAAAGAGAAGUUUAAACUAAGCCAGACCCUCAAGGAACAUCUGAAGACCCACAAGACAGAGCCCAAGCAAUUGAGCUGCUUUCAGGCCGGCUGCAGUUACGCCACGGAAGAUCGCAAGGAGUUUCUGAGGCACGUCAAGGAGGUUCACGGCAUUAAAGCAGUGGAGUGCAAGUAUUAUGCCUGCUCUCUGCUUUUCCCCUCGACGGAGAUUAUGGAGACCCAUCGUAAAACCCAUUAUGCCUUCCAUUGCCAACAGUGUGACUUUAUUUGUUCCAACAAGCAUGUCUUCCGCAAGCAUAAAAAGCAAGGCCACCCAGGGAAUGAGGAACUCCAGUGCAGCUUCUGCCCCUUUGCCACGUUUAACUCGGUGGAAUUCCACGAUCACGUUGGCAAGAUGCAUGCCAGUGAGAAGAUCCACAAAUGCACAGAAUGCGGCUUCGCCACCGCACACAAGAGGGUUCUCAUCCGCCAUAUGCUUCUCCAUACAGGAGAGAAGCCUCACAAAUGCCAACUCUGCGACUUCACUUGCCGAGAUGUGAGCUACCUUUCCAAGCACAUGCUGACCCACUCUGACGACAAGAACUACAUGUGCACAGAAUGUGGCUAUGUGACAAAGUGGAAGCACUACUUGAAUGUUCACAUGCGGAAGCACACGGGCGAUCUCAGGUACCAAUGUAACCAGUGUCCCUAUCGUUGCCAUCGGGCUGAUCAACUGAGCAGCCACAAGUUGCGCCAUCAGGGCAAGUCUUUGAUUUGUGAGAUCUGUGGCUUUGCUUGCAAGCGCAAAUACGAGCUGCAGAAGCACAUGAAGUCCUUCACCUGCAAGCAGGUGCGCUGCCUCCGCCAGCACGUCCGCAUCAAGCAUGAAGGUGUGAAGCCUCACAAGUGCCCUUACUGUGAUUUCAGCACCACCCGGCGUUACCGCUUGGAUGCCCACCAGUCCUUGCACACCGGCGUGGGCCGCAUCGCCUGUACUGCUUGUGGCCAGACUUUUGGCACCAAUUCCAAACUGCGCAUUCACCACUUACGUGUCCACGAGAAGAAGCCCACCCACUUCUGCCCAUUCUGUGACUACAGUGGCUAUAUCCAGAAUGACAUCACUCGCCAUGUCAGCAGCUGCCAUCGAGGGGAGCUGAAUUUUGCUUGCUCCCGCUGUGACGCUCGCUUCAGUUCCGAAACAGCCCUGAAGCAACACACCCUGCGACAGCAUGAAGAAAAGAUCUCCUAUGGCUGUCCUCGAUGUGCCUUUGUCUGCCACAGUGAGGCCACCCUCAAGUGCCAUAUCCAGAAGCAGCACCCACAUCUGGAAUGUGCUACCUGUAAGGAGACUCUAACUACUCGGGAAGAGUUGGAAGAGCACAAGAAACUCCACUUCAGUCACCGCUGUGACAUCUGCAGUUUUGCAGCCAAGGAACGGCAGCAGUUAGUGAGCCACUAUUUGGAGGCCCAUGAGCCCUCGGUAGGCGCUGAACCUCCAUUCAAAUGCACGUUCUGUGACUUUGGUUGUCAUCAUCAGCUGGUCUAUGACCAUCACAUGAAAGGCCACGGUGGCACCCGCGUCUAUAAAUGCGCUGACUGUGAAUACACCACCAAGAACAAGCAAAAGAUCACCUGGCAUAUCCGCAUCCAUACUGGGGAGAAACCUUACAAAUGCCACCAGUGCCAGUAUGCCUGUGCCGACCCUUCACGCCUCAAGUAUCAUAUGCGUAUCCAUAAAGAGGAGCGAAAGUAUCUUUGCCCGGAAUGUGGCUACAAGUGCAAGUGGGUGAAUCAGCUGAAGUACCACAUGACAAAGCACACAGAGCUGGGCUGA